GUUCAAUAAUACAAAAUGAAAGUUUAUGUUUAAUUUCAUCAGAUCAAUUUUAUAAUGAAAUACCAGAAACAGAACAAAGUGAAAGUUCUACUCUAACCAGUUAUGACGAACUAAUAUUAAGCUCAAUAGUAUAUAAUAAGUUAGACAUAACAUUACUACCUUUAUUAGAUUCACUAAUUGAACAAUUAGAACCACAG